AUGUCUUCUGGAUCAUCUGUCCCGGUACAGGUGAUAUCGGCCAGCUCUCCAAUUCCAAGUUUAUUCCCACAGCCCGGCUCAAGUGCUUCACCGUCUCUCUCCACGCCGACGUCCGAACCGGUGAGCUACACUUUUGGAUCAUCUUCAAGCUACCAUGUGUCGCCGUCGUCUAUCCCGCAAUCCCAAACCACUACAGUGGUAUCAGAGUACGAUUCGACGUCGACCCCGGACUCUUUCAGAUUCACUCGGACUGCUGGGGGAAUCAUAGAUGAUGACGGAAGCGAUGAUGAUGACAAUUCUGGUGAUGAUUCUGGUGACGACUCGAAACCCCCUUCCCCGCCAGGACCCCCAGGACCCCCAGGACCACCGGGGCCUCCGGGGCCUCCUGGUCCACCCGGUCCGCCCAAGCCUCCUGGACCUCCUGGACCUCCCGGGCCUCCAGGGCCUCCAGGGCCACCCGGUCCCCCAAAUCCUAACGACCCAUCUGAUCCACAUGACCCUUCUGAUCCGCCUGAGCCUACGGACCCGUCUAAGCCCACAAUCCCACCGACGACCCCAGUACCGAAGACCACCCCGCGGACUACGCCCAACGGUAGUACAACAAGAAGUUCGUCGUGUAGCAUGGCGUCAUCGAAGGUUUUGUCGACCGAGUUUGUUUAUUGCACAGUGAUCUCGACACAGGUCGCCCGUUCCCCAACGACAUUGACGUGUUCAACAUCAACCAAGUCCAGAACAAUCACGGGCUGCGAUAUAACGGGAACGCCGAUGACCACUACAGUGACGUCGGAUCGAACGAAACACGAUCUUUUGGAAAUGAAGACCUUUAUUGUCAGCGCAACGCCUUCCAGCUUUAAUCCACUCGCGAUACAAACGUACAUGGUCAGCUCGACCCCAUCGAGCUUUAAUCCACUCACGAUGAAGACGAUCCUCGUUGGACCCAGUUCUUGCAAGGCGCCCCAUUGGAGACCUCCAUUGACGAUGGACAAAAUUCAGGUUGGAAGUUCAUCGCCCGGGCCAUCCCGAUGUCGCUCAAGGCCCCCGCUCAAGAUGGAAACGAUUGUUGUGGGAAGUCCAUCGCCAACCCCAACACGUUCGAAACAUGCCCAUCCUCUUAUGAUGCAUACGAUCACUGUUGGAAGUCCAACGCCGACUCGAACAAGACCAACUCACAAGUACCCGUUGAUGAUGUCGGAAAUAUUCGUUGGCCCGUCCUCUAUUCUCAACAUAACAUCGUCUAUUCCUUUCCAUAACCAUUUGGGCUCCUUGCUACCUCCGCCGAUGCCUACUGUGACAUGCGUUGAAAAAGCCGGUCCCCACAUAGACGUCGCAUACUGCGAAUGUACAGAACCUGGAUCACUGUUCAACGCCCCAACCAUGUUCGGAAAGAGCCCAUGUGCCUACACUACCAGACCAAGAAUCACCAUCGGUGCAAAGCCAACUCAAACAGCUGCCACCCUAAGCCCCUACACGUUCACAAACGGCCACAGAACCGUCAUGGAGUGUCUCGAACCAGCGACAUCGAUGUUCGAUGAAUCGAUACCCGUCACCUACUGCCCCGAAGGCGCAGCCACGCCCGUUCAAACACUCCACCCCCAGCCCGGCACGGCCACGAUCCACGUUUACGAAGCAUGGGACACGGCGGUGGUCGUUAAUUCGGACUUCUUUCUCACGGCAGUGAUGAAAGAUGUCGAUGGGGUGGUCGUCUCGAAGCAGGACAAGGUCAACGGAACACAAAUGAACGAGAAUGUGACCAUCCCCAUCGACACAUUCCCCGAGUCCCCGUUGGUAAUCACUCCCUGCACGGAUAUUGACAAGGCCGACGGCUUCGACAGGCUUUCGUUCAAUGUGCUGCAGUUUGAAGUCCUCGAUGUUGCUUUUAACACGGAAGACGACGACGAAGACAGAAAGGGUAAAGGAAAGACAAUUCCAUACUGUACUGUCGGCAAGUGGGACGAGGGUGGCUUUUUGGAGCAUCUUUGGAAAUUCAUCCAGGCAAUCCCUGGUGUCUCACUAGCCGAAGAGCUUUUCUACGGUAGGACGGAUAUUGGAUUCAUGCCGAACCGUCAAAUGGAUUGUUAUGUGAUGAUCCCCGAAUAUGUGCCGUGA